AUGGGCGACCGCGAGACGUCCGCCAACGAUGGCGGUGGAGGCGAGAUUUCCAUGUCCACAGAAGAGACCAACAGGCUGCGCAUUUCUCUGGGCCUGAAGCCUCUCUCCACGACCACCCAGCCCUCCGCCCUCAAGGAGCUGGAGGCUGGGCAGGAGCGCCGUAAGGCUGCAGAGGAUGCCGAGGCCAGCAAGGCCUUGGUCGCACGGCUAGCACAAGCCAAGGAGAAGCGGCGGCAGGAGGAGCUCCUGAAAUCCACCAAGAAGCUGGGAGAGACUGGAGAUGAUAUCGACAAUGACACCCUCCAGUGGAUCGAGCGGUCUCGCAGGGUGGAGGCUGAAAGGAAGAGGAAACAGGCGGCUGCAAAGCCCAUCCGAGCAAUGAAUGACUCUGACGAGGAUGAGGAGGAGGAUGCAGCGGCAAGCCACACUGGCGCAGACCUGGCCGGGUUCAAGGUGAAGCACUCGGUGGAUGAUCUGGAGGCAGGGGAGUCGGUCAUCCUGACCCUGGAGGAUCGAGGCAUUCUGGACGACAAGGGCAACCUGAUCGACGACGAGGAGGCAGCGCUGGAGAAUAUAUUGGUGAGAGAAAUCAAGCAGCGGGAAAAGGCGUAUCGCGACUCUGGAAAGGUGGCCAAGCCUCUGUGGGAGGAGGAUGGGCGGCAGCGCACCCUGCUGGACAAGUAUGACGAGGAGGAGGAGCAGGUCAUUCAGCUGGGGGGUGACGGCAGCGUCGUGGCCACGCAGAAGCAGCAGCUCCAGGGGGACGUGAAUGCGCGGUUGAAGGCAGGGCUGGCUUUGCUGGAACAGGUCAAGCCAGCGUCCGACUACUACACGCCGGAAGAGAUGGAGCAGUUCAAGCCCAAGAAGACGAAGAAGGUGAGGAAGCUGAAGAAGAAGGCCCUGACUGCCGAGGAGCUGGAGGCGCUGGCGGAAAGCACGGCGGCGGCUGCCGCAGCGCUGAACCAGGUCAAUUAUGCGUCCCUGGCUCUGCGGAAUGCAGACGCGCAGCCCUCCACCGCAGACUUUGACGACGACGACGAUGAUGCGGUGCUGGCUGCCUCCCUGCAGAGGGAGCGGCUGCGUGCGCUGAAGGAGGGGGGCACGGCGGGGGCAGACCCGGAUUCGCUGGCAGAUCAGCUUCGGCAGCGGCGCUCCAGGCGCCCGGCCGCCGCGGAGGGCGAGGGGCCCUCAGGUGAUGCCGCCGAUCAGGGGCUGGUGUUCACCGGGAUCGGGGAAAUCACGCGCGCCAUCCAGGUGGCCCCCGGCGAGCCCGCAGAGGGGUCGGCCGGCCAGGGCGCGGCCCCCAGUGGGGCCCUCGAGCGCAUGGAGGUAGAUGAAGCGCCGAUGCCCACGGAGCAGCCGCCGCCCCUGCCGCCGAGCGGGGAGGCCGAGGCGGGCGAGGCAGAGCCCAUGGACGGCCAGUCACAGGCGAUCGACGAGCCGCGGGAGUCGGGAUUUGGCCGGUGGGCCCCUGUGAGCGAGGGUGGGUCGGCAGAGGACGCCAUCAAGGAGAGGAUCAAGGCCAAGAUUCGGCCGCCGGCGCCCAAGGUGGAGACGGGCAAGGAGAAGGUGACCCUGCAGCGGGACGAAGUCGUCGGCGACCGAGCCAUCGGCGCCGGCAUGGCGGGCGCUCUCGCUUUCCUCCAGUCCCGCGGCGAUCUGGACACUGCCGUGGAGUGGUCUGGGCGGACGAACGACUCCAAAAAGGUCAACAUCCAAGGCCUAGAUGAGGUGUACUCUGGCGGCCGUACCGAGGACCGGCAGGCGCUGAGCGUGGAGAACUCCAAGGAGAAGAAGCGGCGGAAGGUGGAGGAGGAGAUGGCCCGCAAGCGCGCGGCCUCGGGCGCGGUGGAGUCCGGCGCCCUGGAGCAGAUGAAGCAGGUUCAGCGCCGGGAGGCGCAGCCCUACGUGGUCAUCUCCGGCACGGUUCGCCCCGGCCAGAGCCGGGACGUGGUGGCGGGGCGCGGCGGGUACGACCCCGGCGACCCCGACCUGGACGAGGACGGGGUGGACCCCCUUGCGCCGCGCCUGGGCGGCAGCGCCAGCCUGGCGCCGCUGACCGGGAACGCCAAGGUGGCGGCCAUGUUGGGCCUCGCCGGGGUGGAUGAGGGGGGGCGGAGCGUGAGCAGGGGGAAGCGGACCCCCUCCCGCGGUGCCAGGGGCUCCUGA